UUUUGCUAGAGAUUUGGCUAUAUAAUGAUCACUACGUUGUUUUAUUUAUAUUUCCUAACCAUUAUACGGUUUUUAUUUUUACAACUUGAUUCAAUGAUAGCAAUUAGAAAACCGUUAAUUUUAACCUUACCUGAUGAAAUAAUAUAUGAGAUCUUGGGGUAUUUGAACCAAAUUAAUAUUUUACUGGUUCGUCUAAUUAAUUUAAGAUUUUACAUUGUCGCUACUGAGAAGUUAUUCAAUUUUGUAUAUGUUAAUAAUGGUGAUCCGGUUGUGAUUGGUCCCGAUGUUAAUUCUCCAUUCUACCUCAAAUACACUGUGGUUAAUGGAUGGAACAAAUUUAUCACCUUGUUGAAUAUGAAGGAGUUGCAAUUUGUUAAUACUAUUGUGAUAUACACUGAUUAUGGUAUAACCCUUGAUUUCAAGAAAGUGAUUCGCUCAUCACCACGAAUAUCUAUCGAGUUCGAAUACAAGAAAAGCAUAAUUGUUCAUCAGGAGUUGUCCUUUUCCUCAUGGUUCAGGAUUGCCAUGACUGAAUUCAACUAUUCAAUUAAGAAGUUAACCAUCAAUGGAGGUGAAACUAAGUUGCUCCCUUUCUUUACCCGUUUGAAAUCGCUACGAAUCAUCAACGGUACUUCAACUAUGUUUGACAGUUUGAAACAACAAAUUACCAUUCGUGAUCUCUCAUUAGAAUUCCUUCAGCAACCAAUUCGACUUAUUGAUAUAAGGAAUAUUUUCAAUUUGGCUGAAAUAGUUUCACUUGAACUAAAAUUUGGGCUUUACCACCCACCUCCCUCAGUGGUAGAAUUGGCAAUAUUGGCUUCGCAAUUGAAGUCGGUUAAACAAUUGGCAAUUAUUUCACCAAACAUUAGAUUUGAUAAAGUCGUGCAUCAAUUAAAGCCAAAUAGUAUAACCAGUUUCUAUUUGAAAAUAUUAGGUAAUUAUUAUGAAACUCCGAGUUCGGGACUUGUCGAGAUUUUAAAAUAUCAACAGCAAUCUGUCAUGAAAGUGUAUUGGAGUUGUGUUAGGAGUAAUUCAAGGUUUAGACUGUAUGGAUUACAAGAAUUUGAUCGCGUUUAUAAAAAAUCUGGAGAUAACAAUAAGUUGGAAGAAGUUGUGUUUCUUUUGAAUAAUGGAAGGUUUGAAAAGUUGAAUCAAGUUGUAUUGAAUGAGAAUUAUUUUGCAAUUAAGAGUUUGCGAAAUACAGAGAUUGUUUGUUUAAAUUAG